AUGUCCAAGGAUGAGGUUAUGGCACAGGAACUGCCAACACUCGAGCUAUCAAGUCAAGACAUGAAAACAAUCUUGGAAUUGUCCGUGAGUUUACUGGAAACGAAUUUACUGCAGCAGAAACAGUUGAAUUUAACACGAGAUGGAUUUCCAGAUUCGAGAAGGUGGCGGGAGAUUCAACGCAAGGAUGGAAUCCGAGUAUUUAAAGAGUCACAGCGACAGAAAGUCAAGAUAUCGAGUGGAAAUUGUGCUCCAUGUGUUCGAACAGAGGAGAUUGAGUUGGAUGAAUCGGACAUGUUGUCGCUUUUAAUGCUUGGAACGAUUGCUGGAAAUUUGAAUGACGUCAUGUAUGCGUCCAUUGCGACAAGCACCGAUUCGAUGCGCGCACGUUCCAAGUUUACACGAGACGGUAUUGUGAGCAGUAAGGUGCUUUCGUGUGUCGAGAGUCCGUCUAUGGACGAUCCGUUUCAUACGCUUAAUAUCACUUGGCGUUAUUAUUCACUGUCGGAACCCCGUGACUAUACGUGUAUCGAAGCAACUGGAGUCGUAUCGAAUGAUUAUGGCGAACGUGUUGGGUUUCAUCUGAUCCACUCACUUGACUUUGCACAGCUCCCGACGUUUCAACAUUACGGUGUCGAACGAGCCAAUAUGUCGGUAUGCACAUUCUUUCGUCGGAAAUCAACGACGCUCGUGGAUUGCUAUACACGUGGAUACUUUGACUUUCACACGAUGAAUCGAUUGUUAAACAACAUUUCACUCCACACCGUUUCAACACAGUGGCUAUCAAUGGCUCGAUACGUUGAUUGUGCGCAGAUGAAGAAGCUCGUGUGGUGGAUGCGCAUGCGAACGGGACGUGACUCAUUUGCUAGCAAUAGUCAUAGUAGUUCCAGCUCCACGUCGACAGGAGGCAUUGCUGUUAUCCGACAAAACUCUCGUCCUCGCAUUCAAUCUGGAACUCGCUGUCGUGUGUGUAACCUUAGUGUCGGUGGGUUUCUACGUUCAAGACCUCGAGUUUGUGCGUGCUGUGCCGAGUGGACAUGUAAACGCUGUUAUGUCAAGAAGAAAGUAUGUGUCGUGUCGUCCCAUCACAAGAGCAAGGUGAAUGAAACAAAACUUGUCUUUUGCGCACAUUGUGUUGCAGAAGCUUCCAAGAGCGAUGCCUCGCUCAUUCUUCGCGAAGAACUCAUGGGAGAUAGCUCGUCAUGCACUGGUCGAGCGACACUGGAAAUAACGGACAUGUUGGAGGAGUGUUCUCUAUUGUCGUGA